UCCAGGCACUCCCUUAGUUUUUAAAAUACAGAUUCCGUCCUGGAGUCGGAGGCUCUCAGGGUGGGAGCAGGUGUCUACUUUUAUAUUCCUGCGCCCCAGGGCUUGAACGCGCUGCAGAGACCGCUUCCUCCCUAGGAAACUGCCUCCAAGAGAAAGGCGGUGGCCCCCAGACCGCACCCCAAAGACAUAACCUCCCCAGUGUCGGCCCAGGUCGCCCCCACCCCACCUCCGUUGGAUUGCUGGAGCGCGCGCUCAAGCGGACCCCAGCGGCGCGCCCCUCCUACGUGUUGAAAUUCAAACGGGGUGAACUCCGCGCGGUGCUCUGCCGCUGGCAGAGCGGUCGAGGCAGGAGUGAGGUGGACGGUGCUGCGCUCCCGUCCAGGGCGAAUCGGAGGUUCCCAGGCGGGGUCGAACCCGUGGCCAACCGGGGUGGUGUAGACUUAAAGGUCUCAGAUCCCUUCCUCCAGCCCCACAAUGGCUACGGAGCAGUGGUUCGUGGAGCCGAUCCUCCCCGGCGGCACUGGGGAAAAGCUGCCCCAGGACGACAUGGAACCUGGGGCUCAGCCCUGCGGAGACCCCUCGUGGUCGGCGCCCUCUAGCCGACCUGGGGACCCAGUCCAAGUGGAACCGGAGGAUGUCCACGGGCAACUGCCCAAGACCUCCCCUUCCACGCCUUCCCCAGAGCCUCUGGCCCCGGGCCCGGGCCCCACACCUCCUCGCCUACCCUUGGACACCCUGUUCAGCCCCAUCAUGGAACAACUCCGCUACCUGCUCAAGAAGGCGGAUGAUUUCCAAAGCUACUUGCUCUACAGCAGGGACCGAGUUCAGAAGGAACAGUUGGCAAAGGCCAUGCCCACCUUCUUAAAAAUGUGUGAGCCCUACUUCCUGUACCUGGAGGCAGCUGCAAGGAGUGUGCCUCCCAUCUAUGGAGCUCUGCAGGAGCUGGUUCGAAAGGGGCUGUUGGAGAUCUCCCAACAGCUGACCCUGCGACUGGAACAGCUGGUGCUCAUGUAUGCAUCGUUUGGGUUUGUGGAACUGGAAGAGACAGACCCCCUAAGCAUCUCCUGUUUCUUCUGUGGGAGGUUCUCCAUCAGUCCUUCCCACGAGGUGUCCAUCUUCAGAUACUGUGCCCCUGCUGCCUACACCACCAGCCGCUUCCCCCGGUACCUCUAUAAGAAGAUGCGCUGGAACCUGGAAACUACCCCAGACCCCAGCAGCCGGGGGCAAGAUUCCCAUGUGGAUUACUACUUCCUGUGCUAUCGAGAUACAUGGGAAGAAACAGGCAAGAGUCCGGCCAAUUCUUGUCCCCAGAUUCAGAAGCUGUGGUCCAUCGGCCGAUGGGUGCCCCUAGGACCAGCCGAGGAUGAUCUUUAUUCCUGGAUUUUGUGCCCGCAGCCGUCCGGAGAUUACCAGCAGCUGCUGACCAUCGGUUUCGAGGAGCCAUCUCACAUGCUAGCCACCGACCUGCUGGUGCAAAUCCUCACAGGCCAGGCAGGCCCGACCCGGUCCCCGAGCGCGGCCGGGCCCACAGCGUAGGACACACAGGGGUCUUGA